UAUAAAAAGGCUAAAAACAUGUAUGGUGUGCGAGAGAGUGAAGGAAAGAAAAUGGCCGGCUAAAAUGGGGAAUCAUAACAUUUUCUUUGGUGACUUCUCCCUUGGUGCAAAUCCUUUCAUCUCGGUUUCACAGAUCAAGAAUCCAAAACAUAAAAAUUACGGAUUUCCCAACAAGAAUCACCCACAUUUGAAUUUUCAAUAAGUCCAAACAGCAUCCAGAGACCAGAAGACCCGUAACAGCUAGCUUCCAAUUAUGCCACCAAAAGAAAGCCAAAAAGAAAACAUUACACGAGGAAUGCUGCAAUAUAUAGUAUAUACACGAGACACAAAGAUGGACAUGUUCAAUCGUUCAUGUACUUUCACAAAAAGAGAACAUGGGAUCAGCACACGAUGAGGACCCCAAUGUUUUCCACUUUAGCCAUCCACAUCCUUUGCAAUGCACCACCCUACCCUCCGCACCAAAUAUUCUAAGCUGCUUUGGAUGCAACAUCAAAAUUAACUCUGCUGACGACUAUUACCAGUGCAAAACAUGUGCUUUUUCUCUUCACCAUGUCUGCUACAACAUGCCCUUAAUCACCAACCACCCUUCACAUCCAGCCCACCAUCUACUCCUCCUUCCUCUACCUUCCACCAAACCUACUCUCAACUGUGUCGCAUGUGGCCACCGUGUCACGGCCUUUUCCUACCACUGUGCUCAAUGCGCCAUCUUCUUCCAUGCCUUGUGUCUUGCACUCCCUCUCUCCCUCGCAAUCACAUGCCACCCCCACAAAAUCAAGCUUGAGUUUUCACCACCCUAUGAGUUCUUCUGUGACUUGUGCAACCAGCCCAGUAAUUACAACCACCGCUGGCUCUAUAGAUGCAACAUGUGUGAAUUCGACACACAUGUAGCUUGUGCCCUUGAAAACCUAGAGCCCCGUCUGUUUCAAAGCCCGUCUUUCUCUCGAUCAAGCCCUCUGUUACGGCAACUUACCCGUCACCAAGUGGAGCACACAAAAUUCAGUGCAAGUUUAGGUGAUAGUUUCAAAGGGUAUGAGUACGGGAUCAUGAGUUUGGUGGCGGAACAGAUUGGAGGGGGACCCAGAGAAAAUUUUGAUAGUAAAACCGCUGGAUGGAACAAGAGAUUGUACAGUAGUCCAAAGAAAAAUCUUAACAGAGCUGAGAGUGAGAGGAUGAAGAAUGCUCAACUUAAAUUACUGGGAAAAGAACUAAACCCUGAUGAACUUUUAUCAAAAUUAGAAGAAAGAACACCACUUCGGGAUAAAUGGACUCCACUUUCUGAUCAUUCACCGUUUAGCUACCAAAACAGCGACUCAUAUUUUUCAAUAGAUUUGGCAAAGUCAUAUUCAACCCAUUCAGGUAGAAGUCAAGUUCAAAAAGAUGGUGGAAGUGACCAGAUAACACGAGCUGCUACUAACUAUGUAAACAAUUGUGGACAACGUGAAGAACCAUCCGUUCCAGUUAAUAAUAAGCCGAACGCAGAUGUUUUGAUCAAAGAAGGACGAACUAGUGAUGUUGGGAAAUCAGACCGGAGAGUUAUGAUGAAAAAUGCUAACGAAAGCCACGCUAAACGGUCUGUUCAAGACAAAACAAUAUCGGAGACAGUAAGUUCCAAUUAGUACCUUUUAUUUCUUCAGCCUCCACGCUCCAAAAUAAAAUCUCUUUAAUCGAUUCUUGUUUUUUCAUCUGAAUGACAAAAAAGAAA